AACCGAGCUCUGCAAGUUGCAUCAUCGUCGCGCGUGCUGAUCAGAUUCACCACAUCAUGUCGCUCCGUACACUUACAAGGACAUCGCUCAAUUGCGUCCCACGGAUACCAGCAGCCAGAAGUAUGCCAUUGCGCGCAAACAUCACAAACCCUGCCUGGAUGAGCGGGUCAAGAAAAUACGCCACACCGACCGCUGACCUAUUAAAAGCUCAAGAGGACGAUGACCCCGACGACGUCAUUUUCACUAACAACUACGGCGUCCGCAGCAUCGAGCUCAACCGGCCCAAGAAACUUAACUCGCUCAAUGGCUCCAUGGCCCGCAAGAUCAUCCCGCGAUUGCAAGAGUGGGCCAAAUCAGAACUAGCAGGCGUCGUAAUAAUCAAAGGCAAUGGCCGCGCUUUCUGCGCAGGUGGUGAUGUCGCGGCGCUGGCCAAAUGGAAUCAACAAGGUCCAAAGGGACAGCAAAGGAGUUCAGACUACUUUGGGCUGGAAUACAAGCUGGAUCAUAUGAUUGCAACAUACAAGAAGCCAUACGUUGCCUUCAUGGACGGCAUCACCAUGGGUGGAGGUGUUGGUCUGUCAAUACACGCCCCUUUUCGAAUCGCAACCGAAAACACCCUCUUCGCCAUGCCCGAGACCACGAUUGGCUUCUUUCCAGACGUCGGCGCAUCCUUUUUUCUCCCACGUAUGGAAGGCGCUCUCGGAACAUACCUGGCACUCACAUCGGAGCAACUCAAAGGCGUAGAUGCUUUCUACCACGGCGUCGCUACUCACUAUAUUCAUUCGUCCACUCUUCAACAACUGGAGGCCCGCCUCGCUGAACUUCAAUUCCCAGACUACAUGUCUCUCAAUGAGCGCUUCAAAAUCAUCAACGCCACAAUUGAAGAAUUCAGCACCGGCCUCCCCGCAGAACGGCCCCAAAUUUCUGGCGAGUUACGCCGCACGAUUGAUAGCGUCUUUCAUGUUGAUCAGCCAAACAUAAAAACCAUUAUGGAAUCUCUAAACCAAGUCCAGUGUGAGGCCACUAACCCCGAGAUUCAAAAAUGGGCGGAUAAGACCUUCCAAACUAUCAAUAGCCGUUCGCCCAUCUCUGUUGCAGUAACCCUUUUGCAGAUGCGUGUUGGCCGUCAAUGGUCCAUCGCUCAAGCCUUCCAAAAAGAAUACGCAAUUGCCUCGCAGUUCAUGGCACACCCCGAUUUCGUCGAGGGCGUGACAGCACGACUCAUCGAGCGAAAGAAGGAGCGCCCAAACUGGAAACCAAACACUAUAGAAGAGGUCAAGCAGAAGGAUGUUGAUGCUUUCUUCGCUAACAGCCAUAAUGCACCACUGCCAUUGAUCACUCAGGACGAUUACCAAGAAUAUCCACACGCGUGGAUUGGACUGCCAAGAGAAGAGGAGAUCCUUAGGGAGGCUGGAAGUAACAAAAGUGAAGAGGUUGUGGCCAGGUUGUUGGAAAAGUACGAGGGAAAACAGGGGGUUAGGGAGAAGAUCGCCGAGGUAUUGGAAAGACAUCAGCGUUAGAUGGACCAAGCGGGGUAAUGGGCCUUGAGAAACCCACGCCCCUGGUAUGCAUGUAAGAUACAAAAAGUCGGCCUUCGUUUACAAAACGUUGAGUCAGUAUAUCAAGUCUCCUCUGGCUUCCC